UCUCCCGUGUCGGUUUCCAGCUUUCUGUCAUUCUGUGUCUUUGUGCGUAAAAGCAGAACCGCCGGAAUCACCAUGAUGACCAAGGUCCGGAGUUUCUACUGCGCCAGGAUUUAAUUCACACCUCUGGAUACGGAUUUACUGACUUAAAUGGUUUAUCACAAAGUCUCUCUAGGUAAACCCUGAAUUUUCACCUGGAUUAAAGUUUCGAACGUGAGGAUACCUGCGUUUGGGAACGAACCGUGGAGGACACAAUCAUUCGAAAGUACAGUGAGGUAGCAAAUAUUUCACCGUACCCGUGACCCAGAGAGUCCAACUUUAAGAAUCCAGGAGCUAUGCAGGACGCCUGUGUCUGGAUUGUCAGGCCUUCCGUCUUCCUGCUGUUGCUUUGGUCAGACCUCCUGGACUGCCAGCACACAGCUGACCACAGAAAGGUUACUCAGAGGGCAGAGCCCCAACAGGAGUUCAGAGCAGAGCAUGGAGAAAUGCAGGGCUCCUGGGGUGCCUGGGGAACCUGGUCAACCUGCUCCCGGACCUGUGGAAAAGGGGUACAAGAGCAGAGCAGGCCAUGCCUGCCUGUUUACACUCCAUCCCAAUACCCGUCUAGAAGAGCCGGCGUUCACCCCCAGCAACCAGGUCUCGUAAUUUCAGCCCUGCGGCCAACAGUUCAUCUGCACCGCAAUACAGGCGGGUCCUCAAACAGCAGCAGCCGUGGAGAUCAGAAGAAGGAGAAGGAGACCCGGCCUAGUGGACGCAGGAGGGUCCCUAAGAUCAUCCCAGGGAGGUAUGGCUACGGGAGAGCUCCUUAUUCUGCUCCUCUUCAGACAGACACAGGCCUGGGCUCUGGGACGGCUCGCCCUCACAGACAGAGACGCUCUGCUGCAGCUGAUGCCCACCACCCCACUACUCAUGGUCGCAGUGGCCACAGGUCAAACAACCCGGACCCCUCCAACAAUAUCCAUCUCUAUAGCAGACCCUACAUGCAGCCCCGGGCACAGCAGCCUAAAAAUAACCAAGUCUGGGCCCCCCUCUACCAGCCUGGUUUGGCCAACCAUGCUCAGGGCCAGCAGGAGCCACAAUCGAGCAGCCAGACAUCUGGACCCCAGCAGCACCCAGAGAGACCCUACAACCCCCUGCCUAGUUCCUUCUGCACAGGGGAACAUGCUCACUACAAGAUCUGCAACAGUAAUGCCUGUCCUCCAUCCAGCAGACAUAUCAGGGCUGUUCAGUGUUCUUCAUACAACAAUCAACCUUUCAUGGGCAGAUUGUACGAGUGGGAACCUUUCAAUGAGGUUCCUGGGGAUCAGCAUUGUGAACUGAACUGCCGGGCUAUAGGGUUCAGGUUCUACGUGCGACAGUCGGAGAGGGUGAUCGAUGGGACACCAUGUGGGCUGAAUGAUACUUCUCUCUGCGUGGCGGGAAAGUGUUCGGAUCUAGGCUGCGAUGAGUACCUCGGAUCAGAGAAGGCGAUGGACAAGUGUGGAGUGUGUGGAGGCGACAACACAACCUGUAGGCUGGUCUCUGGAGUGUUUAAACACAGUUUAACCAAGAUUGGCUACCACAAGAUAGUGGAGAUCCCAGAGGGGGCCACCAAGAUCAACGUCACCGAAAUGGUGAAGAGCAGAAACUAUCUAGCUCUCCGAAGCCGAUCGGGGCGAGCCAUCAUUAAUGGAAACUGGGCUAUUGACCGACCUGGGAAGUAUGAGGGAGGGGGGACUAUGUUCACCUACCGCCGACCCAACGAAAUCAGAAGCACCGCUGGGGAGUCCUUUCUUGCUGAAGGACCCACCAAUGAGAUCCUGGAUGUUUAUAUGAUCUUCCAGCAGCCAAACCCUGGUGUCCACUACGAGUACCUUCUCCCCUCUGAACAAACAAUCGACCCUCAGCAUCCAAACCACAGACCAGAUGCAGGGAACACUGUUAAUGGACAGGGUGGAUAUCAUCACAGCAGCACUCACCAAGAAAACUUCAAUCCUGCAGGUGGUGGGUGGGACCCUCCUCGUCCCCCAGACAACCAGGUUCCUGCCGCACAGCCACCCAGACAUGAGAGAGAGUACAACUGGAAACUGGCUGGUGCUACAGAGUGUAGUGCAUCUUGUGGUAAAGGAUUCAGAUACUCCAUCUUUCACUGUGUCUCCCGGCUGAACCAUGGCCAGGUAUCAGAUGCUCUUUGUGACAGCAGCAGCAGACCGACUCCGCAGGAAGAAGCCUGCAACCUGCAGCCCUGCCCAGCCUUCUGGGAUAUUGGAGAGUGGUCAGAAUGCAGUAAGACCUGCGGCCUGGGCAUGCAACACCGUCAGGUCCUGUGUCGCCAGAUUUACGCCAACCGCACCCUCAACGUCCACACGAGUCGCUGCCGACACUUGGAGCGGCCCGAGAUUGCCACUACUUGCCAGCUGAAGAUCUGCAGUGAGUGGCAGAUACGCUCCGAAUGGACCAGUUGUUCGGUGCCAUGUGGGCUGGGUCAGAGGUCACGGGAGGUCCGCUGUGUCAGCAACGUAGGCGACUUUGUCCCUGAUGAGGAGUGCAACAUGAAUCUGCGGCCCGUCGAUGUAGAGAACUGUGACAUGGGAUCCUGUGCCAAGAGCUGGUUCUACACCGAGUGGGGCAAUAGGUGCUCAGCUGAAUGUGGGAUGGGUGUACGGACGCGGGGAAUCGUCUGCCUGACCAACCACAUUGGCAGCCUUCCUCUGGAGGGAUGUGGCAGCGAGCGGCCUGCAGAUUCUCAGGUCUGCAACAACGGCCUCUGUGAGAAUCGCAUCGAGUGGUUCACAGGCCCCUGGAGCCAGUGCUCUGCAGAGUGUGGCGCAGGCAGCCAGCAAAGGUCAGUGGUGUGUCUGAUAAAGUCAGAUGAGGGAUUCACCAUCAUGCCACCGUAUGAGUGCUCCUCCUUGGAUCGCCCCCUCAGCCAGCAGAGCUGCAACCUCAAGGCCUGUGGAGCAAAGUGGUACCACACUGACUGGAGUGCUUGUUCAAAAACAUGUGAGGGAGGUUUCCGUGUGCGGGAGGUGCGUUGUCUGUCUGACGGCGUGCUGUUCAGCGAAGGCUGUGACCAGCAGCUGAGACCGGCGGCCAAGGAGGACUGCAACCCAGAGCCCUGCAUACCUAGCAUAGAUGAAAACUGCAGAGACAAAUACUUUAACUGCAAUGUGGUGGUCCAGGCUCGCCUUUGCGUGUACGAUUACUACAAGACGACGUGCUGUGCUUCGUGUUCACGAGUAGCUCACGGACAGUUGAUUCAUGCGGACCGCAGCUAGCACUCUCUACCAGGGGCCCUCAGCUCCAUGUUGGGCAAGACUCAAUACCCGCUGCAGGCACUUUGCUCCUGGGCCCGCCAGGGCAGUGGACCAGCUGAACCUUGGCUUAAAUGAACACUUGUUUUGACUGCCAAGGAUGGAAACUGAAGAAGGAACAUUUCUGUUGGUUCAUUUAAAGACAGCUGUUGGGAGAAAGGAAUACCUGAGAAAAGUGGAGGACAGGAAUCCACUCACUGGAUGAACAGAGCCCUGGAGGGGUGACAGAGAUCAGUAGCAAACCAAGGAAGUUACAAAACACUUUAUGGAUUUUAACCGCCAAGUUUGAUAUAAAGAAUCCAUCUGUUUUUUUUUCAAGGCAAGCAGCUGUCUUUUACCUACAAUGUAAUGGCUGUUGUGUAUUACAUGAUAUGAAAAGGAGAACACCUAGAAGUAAACUUUCUAAGGUGGUAUACAUAUAUAUACAGUAUAUGUAUAUAUAUAGAAAGUAUAUGUUCUAAUUUUGUUCUGUACACUGCUCAGAUUCAUGCCACAAUGUAAUAUGAAGUUGAUGUAGUCUCACCUAUAAUCACACACUUUGUUGACCAAAGAUAUGUAACUUCCACAAACUGAAGACAGUGACAAAUUACACUUAAACCUUUGAAACAAAUACUGUUCAUCAAAUCCUUCAUGUUGCUGAUGGUGAAUCCUUCAUGCAGCAUGGAUUCACAAGAAAAUGUUACAUUCGUUGUGGCACUGAGUAGGUUUUUCUGAUUUCCCAAGCAGUGGCAAACCACUUCUUUUUCCAUGCCUGCACAGCUAUGAAGUGUAAAUACAGCCUAUGUAAUAUGUGUGUAUAUAUGUAUGUAUGUAUGACAGAGUGAAUGGUAAUAGUCUUUUUAAGGGUUCUCAGACAGUCUUCCCAACAACUGAAGAGAAAAAGGCCCUCUUUAUUUAUUUGAGUGGCUCCCCAGGGAGGUUACUGGUUUAUCGGCCACCGGUGGCCCCUUUCUGGCUGUGGGGAUAAAACCUUUGCUGGCUCUCCUCCAAUCACAGCCGCUGAACUGAAUAUAGGCAUUCCACAGCCUGCUGGAUGGUAGAAGCAGAUGGUUGAAAACCCUAACGUAUUUUUGAAGAGGUGAAACACACUGCAAAUAUAUUUUGUUUUUUGUGGAAGAUGAUCAUUACACAUUUGUACAAUUCCUGAUAACUCACCAGUCAUAAAUACAUUGACAUAUCCAUGAACUGUUGUUAGUGUUUGAUUGUAAAGAUAAAUCAUGGAAGUAUUUUGAUCUGGUAUGGCAUAUAUGGAUUUUACUUUAAUAGUAAAUCUUUGUUUAUGAACCAGCCUUUUCUGCCAAAUCACCCUUUUUUUAGUUUCAUACACAAUGUGCACACAGUACCUCUCAAGUGUUCAACUGUUUUUGUAUUAUAUGUUUAUAAUUUCCCUCCACACACUAUAAACGUACCUCUGAUCCAGUACUGUACAUGUAUCAUUUUUUAGGUUCAGGAUGACCUCAA